GGCAGGAGCAUUUCAAAGAAAUCAUGGAUGACUAUGAUAUCAGGUCUGCCGCCAGCAUUUUAGCCUCCGUUAAGGAGCAGGAGGCGCGUUUCGAGCGGCUGGCGCGGGCACUCGAGGGGCGCAAUGUCUCCUUGCAGCUGGAGCGUGCCAAUCAGCCAGCAGAACGAAUGAGCAUUUGCAACAUUGGCAAUGGGCAGCCCCUGGCAACCGCGUGGCAGCAGCUCGUACUGCAGAUGAAGGACCUAGCUUGUACUUCUGACUCCCAUGUGCAU